CAGCAGCAACGAGGCGAUCGAGUAGCCGAGUACCAACUCAAAACAUCUCGAGUAAGCGCGCGCGUCCAUGGAGAUGGCGGCGGCGGAGGGGGCGCAGAGGGCGGCGCUGGAGCGAUGGGCCAUCCUCCCCUGCAUCCCGCAUGUGGUGUACGACGAGGUGAACCUCCCACCCGGAGUCGACGUCCAUCUCUACUUGACGGCCGCUCCGCGCGCCUCCCGCCUCACGGUGGCGCGCCGCAUCGCCCCCGACCGCAAGGCCACCGACAACCACCCGUACGUCGCCGCCGUCGAUCAGCACGGCCGCCUCCUCCUCUACGCCACCCUGGGACACUCGCGACCGCCCUACCUCGACAGCUUCCACCCUGGCCCGCUCGGCGAGCACCACGGCUUCCCCAAGGCUUACUUCGUCUGCAGCGCGACCACCGGGGUGGCCUCCCGCAUCCGCGACCCCGACCGCCCGAUUGGCCAUCCAGGCAACGCCGGCCUCCUCGGCUACUCCACGGGCUACUACGUCGCCGAGCUCCAGCCCGCGCCCACGACCGGCACCGCCACGCUCAUCUUGUACUCCUCAGAUUCCGGUGCCUGGACCGACGAGAAGCUCACCUACCCGCCGCACGACCGGCCAUGGGGAGGCAACGGCGUGGUCUCACACCAGGAGAGGCUCUGGUGGGUGGACCUCUCCUACGGCCUCCUCACCUGCGACCUCCCCCACCGCCACCAUGGGGACCUGCUCUACGUCCCGCUCCCGGAGGGCUGCGAGCUUCCAGCGGGCGCGGUGGACCUCGAGAAGAGCCGCUCCGUGGGGGUGAGCGCCGGCCGGCUGCGGUACGUGCAGAUCGACGAGCGCGACGGCGACCCGAUUGUCAGCAUGUGGACGCUGAUUGAUCAGCACGCCGGGACAUGGCAUCUCGACUGCGAGGCGCCCUUCGAGGCGAUCUGGGCCGACGAGGUGUAUCGCGGUACAAAUCUGCCGCCGUUGGUCCCCGCGGUGGCGCUCAUCCAUCCGGAGCACCCCGGCGACGUGGUCUACUUCUUCCUGCACUCCCGUCUCUUCGCUGUGGACGUGCGCUUGCGCAGGGUCCUCGAGUGGCAGUUCUUCGCGAUGCUUCACCCACCGAUGGCAUACCACUCGUCGCAGUUCGUCCGUGCCUGGAAGAUGUCGUCCAUUCCAGAUUCUGAUGAAACUCCUAUCGACCCCGUUCGUCCUCCACUGACCCGGGGGGUCCCGGCUGCACCAAUACACGAAUCCUGGGCAUCGUCGUCGAUCCUGGGAGAUGCCCCACUCCAGAGAAAUCACAUAGUGCACAGCAAAUGGCCGGCACAGGCCAUGAUGAUGAGUGCCAAUCCGCCCAAGGCUCCCAGCUCACAGAUUCCUUUCGAGCGUUGCCACAUCGUAGACGGCGCCGGGCUGGUGAGGACGGACGAGGAAGAAUGCCCCCUCUGCGUGCAGCCAAUGACACCGGACGAAGUCCUCAGCGUGCUGCCGUGCGGGCAUAAGUUCCACAAGGGUUGUAACGAUCUGUGGCUGUCUCGCCCUUCGCCGCCCAGUUGCGCCUGCUGUUGUGUGUGAGGGGCCGGCCAGAAGAGUCUUGGUUUUGGAAUUGGAGUCGACUUUCAAAGCAUCGUUCUUCGUUGAUCUUGAUCUUGGCCUGUAUUGGGACAAUUGGCGAUGAGAUCCGCUGCAUAUUAGUGCGACUAGCCUGAUCGCAGCAGGAGCAAGACAUACUCUGUGUACAUGGAAGCUCAUGUGGGAGCACCUUAAGUGCUUUCGUAUCUGGAGUUGAUAUCCUCUGUUCCUCUCGGUUAAAUCAACUAAGUUGGUCCAUGACAUCGAUCUGCCAUAUGCUAUCUCUGCUUAUUUGGCAUUCUCCUGACAGAUUUUGUUCUGAGAUCGAAUGCUAUCUUGUAGAACA